GGCAGCCAGGAGAGGCAGUGGAGCUUUUCUCUGGUGACUGUCAGAAGAAAGUGACUGUUGUUGAAGCAUGUUUGCUACAGCUAAAGCAGAGCUGCUAAGACCUAUUUUCUGGUAUGCAUGCUUUUACACUUCUCCUCCUCUCAGUCCUUCUGGGAAACCAACUAAUUCUGUGUUUAAACCAAGUGUAGGGGGAAAAUGCAAAAAGGGAGAAGGUGGGAAAAUGUGGAAAUUGGGGACAAAGUACACACACAAAAAAGGUUGUAGUUUGAGGCCAUCAGGAAUACUCUAGUCUGACUGAAGCAGGGCCAAGAAGUAGGCAUAGUAUCUCUUGUCCCCCUGGGUUUUAAGCAGCUGCAAUAGGCAGAGGAACUGUGGCUUGUGUUUACAACAUUGAAAUCUGAAGAAAAAGCUUCCAUUCCUUGGCCAUCUUGAUAUGGAGGGUUCUCUAGAGGAAAAUAAGGAGAUGAGAUAUUACAUGCUUCAAAGGUCCAGCAUGUCUGGUUUGCACCUAGUAAAGCAAGGUCGAGACCGAAAAAAAAUCGACUCUCAGAGAGAUUUCACUGUGGCUUCUCCAGCAGAAUUUGUUACGCGCUUUGGGGGAAAUAAAGUGAUUGAGAAGGUUCUUAUUGCUAACAAUGGCAUUGCAGCUGUGAAAUGCAUGCGGUCUAUUCGUAGGUGGUCUUAUGAAAUGUUUCGAAAUGAGCGUGCAAUCCGAUUCGUUGUUAUGGUCACACCUGAAGACCUUAAAGCCAAUGCAGAAUACAUUAAGAUGGCAGAUCACUAUGUGCCAGUUCCUGGAGGACCAAACAACAACAACUAUGCAAAUGUGGAAUUAAUUCUUGAUAUUGCUAAAAGGAUCCCGGUACAAGCAGUGUGGGCUGGCUGGGGUCAUGCUUCUGAAAAUCCCAAGCUCCCGGAACUUCUCUUGAAAAAUGGCAUUGCCUUUAUGGGUCCUCCAAGCCAGGCCAUGUGGGCUUUGGGGGAUAAGAUUGCAUCUUCUAUAGUGGCUCAGACUGCUGGUAUCCCAACUCUUCCCUGGAGUGGUAGUGGUCUUCGUGUGGACUGGCAGGAAAAUGAUUUUUCAAAACGUAUCUUAAAUGUUCCUCAGGAACUAUAUGAAAAAGGUUAUGUGAAAGAUGUGGAUGAUGGGCUGAAGGCAGCAGAGGAAGUUGGAUAUCCAGUAAUGAUCAAGGCCUCAGAAGGAGGAGGAGGGAAGGGAAUCAGAAAAGUCAAUAAUGCAGAUGACUUCCCUAACCUUUUCAGACAGGUUCAAGCUGAAGUCCCUGGAUCUCCUAUAUUUGUGAUGAGACUAGCCAAACAAUCUCGUCAUCUGGAGGUGCAGAUCCUAGCAGAUCAGUAUGGCAAUGCCAUCUCUCUGUUUGGUCGUGACUGCUCCGUACAGCGCAGGCAUCAGAAGAUUAUUGAAGAAGCACCUGCUGCUAUUGCUACUCCAGCAGUAUUUGAACAUAUGGAACAGUGUGCGGUGAAACUUGCCAAAAUGGUUGGUUAUGUGAGUGCUGGGACUGUGGAAUACCUGUACAGCCAGGAUGGCAGCUUCUACUUUCUGGAAUUGAAUCCUCGGCUGCAGGUGGAGCACCCUUGUACAGAGAUGGUGGCUGAUGUCAAUCUCCCUGCAGCACAACUCCAGAUUGCCAUGGGGAUCCCUCUAUAUAGAAUCAAAGAUAUCCGUAUGAUGUAUGGGGUAUCCCCUUGGGGCAACACUCCCAUUGAUUUUGAAAAUUCUGCUCAUGUUCCUUGCCCAAGGGGCCAUGUUAUUGCUGCUCGGAUCACUAGUGAAAAUCCAGAUGAGGGUUUUAAGCCCAGCUCAGGAACAGUUCAGGAACUAAAUUUCCGCAGCAAUAAGAACGUUUGGGGUUAUUUCAGUGUUGCUGCUGCAGGGGGACUUCAUGAAUUUGCUGAUUCUCAGUUUGGUCACUGCUUUUCCUGGGGAGAAAACAGAGAGGAAGCGAUUUCAAAUAUGGUGGUGGCUUUGAAGGAGCUAUCUAUUCGGGGUGACUUUCGAACUACAGUUGAAUACCUGAUCAAGCUAUUAGAGACUGAAAGCUUUCAGUUGAAUAGAAUUGACACUGGCUGGCUGGACAGACUGAUAGCAGAAAAAGUACAGGCAGAGCGACCCGACACCAUGUUGGGAGUUGUAUGUGGGGCUCUCCAUGUGGCAGAUGUUAGUCUGCGGAAUAGCAUCUCUAACUUUCUUCACUCCUUAGAGAGGGGUCAAGUCCUUCCUGCUCAUACGCUUCUGAAUACAGUAGAUGUUGAACUUAUCUAUGAGGGAGUGAAAUAUGUACUUAAGGUUACUCGACAGUCCCCCAACUCCUAUGUGGUGAUCAUGAAUGGCUCAUGUGUAGAAGUAGAUGUACAUCGGCUGAGUGACGGAGGACUGCUUUUGUCCUAUGAUGGCAGCAGUUACACUACGUACAUGAAGGAGGAAGUAGAUAGAUAUCGCAUCACGAUUGGCAAUAAAACCUGUGUGUUUGAGAAGGAAAAUGACCCGUCGGUGAUGCGCUCACCUUCUGCUGGGAAGUUAAUCCAGUACAUUGUGGAGGAUGGAGGUCAUGUGUUUGCUGGCCAGUGCUAUGCUGAGAUUGAGGUGAUGAAGAUGGUAAUGACCUUAACAGCUGCAGAGUCUGGCUGUAUCCAUUACGUCAAGCGGCCUGGAGCAGCUCUUGACCCUGGCUGUGUAAUAGCCAAAAUGCAGCUGGACAACCCCAGCAAGGUUCAGCAGGCUGAGCUUCACACGGGUAGUCUGCCACGGAUCCAGAGCACGGCACUCAGAGGCGAGAAGCUCCAUCGAGUGUUCCACUACAUCUUGGAUAAUCUGGUCAACAUAAUGAAUGGAUACUGCCUUCCAGAUCCUUUCUUUAGCAGCAGGGUAAAAGACUGGGUGGAGCGGUUGAUGAAGACCCUCAGAGAUCCCUCCCUUCCUCUCCUAGAAUUGCAAGAUAUCAUGACCAGUGUCUCUGGCCGUAUCCCUCCCAAUGUGGAGAAGUCUAUCAAGAAGGAAAUGGCUCAGUAUGCUAGCAACAUCACCUCAGUCCUCUGUCAGUUUCCCAGCCAACAGAUUGCCAACAUCCUAGAUAGCCAUGCAGCUACACUGAACCGCAAAUCUGAACGGGAAGUCUUCUUCAUGAACACUCAGAGCAUUGUACAACUGGUACAGAGGUACCGAAGUGGCAUCCGAGGCCACAUGAAGGCUGUGGUGAUGGAUCUGCUCCGGCAGUAUCUGCGAGUGGAGACACAAUUCCAGAAUGGUCACUAUGACAAAUGUGUGUUCGCCCUUCGGGAAGAGAACAAAAGUGACAUGAACACUGUACUGAACUACAUCUUCUCUCAUGCUCAAGUCACCAAGAAGAAUCUUCUGGUCACAAUGCUUAUUGAUCAGUUGUGUGGCCGGGACCCUACUUUCACUGAUGAGCUACUGAAUAUCCUCACUGAGCUAACUCAACUCAGUAAGACCACCAAUGCUAAAGUGGCGCUUCGAGCACGCCAGGUUCUUAUUGCCUCCCAUUUGCCAUCAUAUGAGCUUCGCCAUAACCAAGUCGAGUCUAUCUUCCUAUCAGCUAUUGACAUGUACGGACAUCAGUUUUGCAUUGAGAACCUACAGAAACUCAUCCUAUCUGAAACAUCUAUUUUUGAUGUCCUACCAAACUUCUUCUAUCACAGCAACCAGGUAGUGAGAAUGGCAGCUCUGGAGGUAUAUGUUCGAAGGGCUUAUAUUGCCUAUGAACUUAACAGUGUGCAACACCGCCAGCUUAAGGACAACACCUGUGUGGUGGAAUUCCAGUUCAUGCUGCCCACAUCUCAUCCAAACAGAGGGAACAUCCCCACGCUAAACAGAAUGUCCUUCUCCUCCAACCUCAACCACUAUGGCAUGACUCAUGUAGCUAGUGUCAGCGAUGUGCUGUUGGACAACUCAUUCACUCCACCGUGUCAGCGGAUGGGCGGAAUGGUCUCUUUUCGGACUUUUGAGGAUUUUGUCAGGAUCUUCGAUGAAGUGAUGGGCUGCUUCUGUGAUUCCCCACCCCAGAGCCCCACAUUCCCUGAGGCAGGUCACACGUCUCUAUAUGAUGAAGAUAAGGUCCCCAGGGAUGAACCAAUUCACAUUCUGAAUGUGGCUAUCAAGACUGACUGUGAUAUUGAGGAUGACAGACUGGCAGCUAUGUUCAGAGAGUUUACCCAGCAAAAUAAAGCUACCCUGGUUGAGCACGGGAUCCGACGCCUUACUUUCCUGGUUGCACAAAAGGAUUUCAGAAAACAGGUCAACUAUGAGGUGGAUCAGAGAUUCCAUAGAGAAUUCCCUAAAUUUUUCACAUUCCGAGCAAGAGAUAAGUUUGAGGAGGAUCGUAUCUAUCGUCACCUGGAGCCUGCUCUGGCUUUCCAGUUAGAGCUGAACCGGAUGAGAAAUUUUGACCUCACUGCCAUUCCGUGUGCUAAUCACAAGAUGCACCUGUAUCUCGGGGCAGCCAAAGUAGAAGUGGGCACAGAAGUGACAGACUACAGGUUCUUUGUUCGUGCAAUCAUCAGACAUUCUGAUCUGGUCACCAAGGAAGCUUCUUUUGAAUAUCUACAAAAUGAAGGAGAGCGACUCCUUCUGGAAGCCAUGGAUGAGUUAGAAGUUGCUUUUAACAAUACAAAUGUCCGCACUGACUGUAACCACAUCUUCCUCAACUUUGUGCCCACAGUCAUCAUGGACCCAUCAAAGAUUGAGGAAUCUGUGCGGAGCAUGGUAAUGCGCUAUGGAAGUCGGCUGUGGAAAUUACGCGUCCUCCAGGCAGAACUGAAAAUCAACAUUCGCCUGACACCAACUGGAAAAGCAAUUCCUAUCCGCCUCUUCCUGACAAACGAGUCUGGCUAUUACCUGGACAUCAGCCUGUACAAGGAAGUGACUGACUCCAGGACAGCACAGAUCAUGUUUCAGGCAUAUGGAGACAAACAGGGACCACUGCAUGGAAUGUUAAUCAAUACUCCAUAUGUGACCAAAGACCUGCUUCAAUCAAAGAGGUUCCAGGCACAGUCCUUAGGGACAACAUACAUAUAUGAUAUCCCAGAGAUGUUUCGGCAGUCCCUGAUCAAACUCUGGGAGUCCAUGUCCACUCAAGCAUUCCUUCCAUCACCUCCUCUGCCAUCUGACAUACUGACAUAUACUGAGCUAGUAUUGGAUGAUCAAGGUCAGCUGGUACACAUGAACAGGCUUCCAGGAGGAAAUGAGGUUGGCAUGGUAGCUUGGAAAAUGACCCUGAAAAGUCCUGAAUAUCCAGAAGGCCGAGAUAUCAUUGUUAUUGGCAACGACAUCACAUACCGAAUUGGGUCCUUUGGGCCUCAAGAGGAUUUGUUGUUUCUCAGAGCUUCGGAACUUGCCAGGGCAGAGGGUAUUCCACGCAUUUAUGUAGCAGCCAACAGUGGAGCAAGAAUUGGACUGGCAGAAGAAAUUCGUCAUAUGUUUCAUGUGGCCUGGGUAGAUCCUGAGGAUCCUUAUAAGGGAUACAAGUAUUUAUAUCUGACCCCUCAAGAUUAUAAGAGAGUCAGUGCUCUCAACUCUGUCCAUUGUGAACAUGUGGAGGAUGAAGGAGAAUCUAGGUACAAGAUAACAGAUAUUAUUGGGAAAGAAGAGGGCAUUGGAGCAGAGAACCUUCGAGGUUCUGGAAUGAUUGCUGGAGAAUCCUCAUUGGCUUACGAUGAGAUCAUCACCAUCAGCCUGGUGACAUGCCGGGCCAUUGGGAUUGGGGCUUACCUUGUCCGUCUGGGACAGAGAACCAUCCAGGUUGAGAAUUCUCACAUAAUUCUAACAGGAGCUGGGGCUCUCAACAAAGUCCUCGGGCGGGAGGUGUACACCUCCAAUAACCAGCUUGGAGGCAUCCAGAUCAUGCACAACAAUGGGGUGACCCACUGCACCGUUUGUGAUGACUUUGAAGGGGUUUUCACUAUCCUGCACUGGCUGUCCUACAUGCCUAAGAGCGUGCACAGUUCAGUUCCUCUUCUGAGCUCCAAGGAUCCUAUAGAUAGAAUCAUCGAGUUUGUUCCCACAAAGGCCCCAUAUGAUCCUCGAUGGAUGCUGGCAGGCCGUCCUCACCCAACCCAUAAAGGUCAGUGGUUGAGUGGAUUUUUUGACUAUGGCUCUUUCUCGGAGAUUAUGCAGCCCUGGGCACAGACUGUGGUGGUUGGUAGGGCCAGGCUAGGAGGCAUACCUGUGGGAGUCGUUGCCGUAGAAACCCGAACAGUAGAGCUAAGUAUCCCAGCUGAUCCUGCAAACCUGGAUUCUGAAGCCAAGAUAAUCCAGCAGGCGGGCCAGGUUUGGUUCCCAGACUCUGCGUUUAAGACCUACCAGGCUAUCAGGGACUUCAACCGUGAAGGGCUGCCUCUGAUGGUCUUUGCCAACUGGAGAGGCUUCUCUGGUGGGAUGAAAGAUAUGUAUGACCAAGUGCUGAAGUUUGGUGCUUACAUUGUGGACAGCUUGCGGGAGUGCUCCCAGCCUGUGAUGGUUUUCAUCCCUCCCCAGGCCGAGCUACGGGGUGGCUCUUGGGUUGUGAUUGACUCCAGCAUCAACCCGCGGCACAUGGAGAUGUACGCUGACCGAGAAAGCAGGGCAUCAGUUCUGGAGCCAGAAGGGACAGUAGAAAUCAAAUUCCGCAGAAAGGAUCUAGUGAAAACCAUGCGUCGGGUGGACCCAGUGUACAUCCACUUGGCUGAGCGAUUGGGCACCCCAGAGCUAAGCCUAGCUGAGCGGAAGGAACUGGAGAACAAGUUGAAGGAGCGGGAGGAAUUCCUAAUUCCCAUUUACCAUCAGGUAGCUGUGCAGUUUGCUGACUUGCACGACACACCGGGCCGGUUGCAGGAGAAGGGUGCUAUUAAUGACAUCCUGGAUUGGAAAACAUCCCGUACCUUCUUCUACUGGCGGCUAAGGCGGCUGUUGCUGGAGGACCUGGUCAAGAAGAAAAUCCACAAUGCCAACCCCGAGCUGACUGAUGGCCAGAUCCAGGCCAUGUUAAGGCGCUGGUUUGUGGAAGUGGAAGGAACAGUGAAGGCCUAUGUGUGGGACAAUAAUAAGGAUCUUGUGGAAUGGCUGGAGAAACAGCUGACAGAGGAAGAUGGUGUCCACUCAGUAAUAGAGGAAAACAUCAAGUGCAUCAGCAGAGACUACGUCCUCAAGCAGAUCCGCAGCUUGGUCCAGGCCAACCCAGAGGUUGCCAUGGAUUCCAUCGUCCACAUGACCCAGCACAUCUCUCCCACUCAGCGAGCAGAAGUCAUACGGAUCCUCUCCACAAUGGAUUCCCCGUCCACGUAGAAAGAGCUUCCUGCCCAUCCCUGCCCUGGCUCUGGACAAAAGGGCUAGACCUGCCUUUUACGACUGAAACCACUGUAAUAAGAAGGCACAGGAGACCCAGCACUGGAGUCAAAGUGGCAAAUUGCUUCCCCUCAAGUGUUUCAGGUCAUGCAUGACGUCCUGGGAUCCAGGAUCACAAAGGCCCCUCCAGCCCGCCAGUCACACCUGUCCGCUCCAGUAUUUAUUACCCUGGCUGUGGCUACAGUCCUCUCUCCCUGCGCAAGACUGAGAAGGCAAUGAAAGGUACAAGCACGUACCAUGAGGUCUUACUACCCAAAAGCAGGGCUGCCCCUCCUGUCCCGACAGCCCCUAGGCCCUAGUGCGGGGCAGUGUGAGGAGCCACGGCCACAGGCAGCAGAGGAGGGCAGGGGCUGGGGAGAAGAGGAAACCUUAAGCCCAUUGUUUAUUACCCUGACACACACUAGGCACUGGAAAGAAAUGAGUCUCAGUUUACCCACACCGAGGUACCUAUUUAUGAAGAAAAAUUAGAGCAUGAAAUCUACGGCAAGCUCCAUGGGAACUCAAAGAUGAGGGCAAAACCAAGAUCCAAGAAGCAGAGAAAGAAAAUAGACCAAGUUAUUAUUCUUGAUUUAGAGGGUCUCAACCUUGGGUUAAAUUCUCUUAGAACAAAUGGAAAGAUGGCUGGCCCACCUGUAGCCUCCUCGUCACUGCCUGACUGGCUGUCACAUCUGGCUGGGAGCUGCAAGGCCGGUGGGUGAGGGGCUCCCCAGGCUAAGCUGUAGCCUGACAUGGCAGAGGAGGAGCCAGAGGGGGCUGCCCUUUCUUUCACUGAUGGAAACUGGUCGCUCUUGCCACAUGGAGGGGGGGCCAGAUAGUCUCUCUUUUUAGGACUUGGAAUGUUGUUACUAUGAAGCCUGGAGCUUUGAUAGUUUCAAGAAGUAAACAGUGCCUACAGAGUCGCUCAGCCCUGUCUCCAGGGCGACCCUCCUUGCAGCUGACAUUCCUACUCUCCUUGGGUCUGGUCUCUUCCCCAGAAUGUACACGGGCAACAGCUGCAGUGGGUCUCCCCACAGCUGCUGCAAGGACCCUGGUGACAGCUAUGCCCUCAGCACCAGGAACCGGUCUUCCCAGUGUGGGGAGGCUUCCAGGAAACACAGGAUCCACGUGACCUUAAGGUUCUUUCCAACUCAGUCAUGGUGCUGCUGUCUUCCAGGCUCCCUGGUCCCUGCCGGCCAGCAGCAGGGCCGCCUUGGGGGAGGGGGGCGGUGGGGAGAGCUUAUUUUCAACAACCAGUUUAUUCAAGAAAAGCGCAUACUGAGUCCCCCACUGGUGUUCCUAAAGCAAAAGUGGCAGGUGAUCAGGGCUGGUGGAGCAUCCGGUUCCUACAGUGCAGCUAAUUGCAUUUGUGGCUGAUGACCAAGGAGGAAAUCACUAGGGCGUUGUAGCAGCAGUGGCAUGAACGCUCGUACACGCUACGGUUUGAGCCUUAACCCUAUAGUUCACACACAGGAAAGAGCCCCCCCCCCCUUUCUGCAGGCACUGUCUGUGCAGAUGGGGUGGCUGGACACGUAGCUGACUGCCCCAGGAGGGGGGCAAGUGUUUGGCACCUUCAAAGAAGGGCAUAAAAGGUGGGGGACAGUUCUCAGUCCAAGAAGACAUAUACCCUGUUGCUGGUUAUUUGCUUUCCUAGUAAGAAAAAGAAUUGGGUUCGUUUUUGACCAGCUUAUUCCUCUGUACUUCUCUGCAAUAAGCCAAAUCCCACACACCUACAGGUGGUACAAAGCCCUGCACUCCCCGAGAGGCCUGGCAUUUCUUCAGACGCAGGGUGGGUUACGCUUGUGUACCUCCCCUCUCCCCGCCAAAUUAUGACACAAGCGAGUACGUUUCCUCUCUACAACUCUGUCAUGCCCAGUCCCCAGCCCCAGAGCUCUCACUGUAGGUCUCACCCUGGACAGGGAUUUUUCCUAUGGAGAAAUCAGGAAGAGCCACAGAACGUGAGCAAUCCGAUACCCCCACAGCCCACUCCACACUCGAGGUCACUGAGGCAGGAGGAGUAUAAAUGGUGUAUUGACCGAGACCUGCUUGAGCCGGGAUGGCCGUAUUAUCUGUUCACUUUGCUCACAGAGCAGCCUUCGCUUGUCUCUGAGAUUCGAUGGACACACCCUGAUGAGGACGGAGCUUCAAAUGCACUCUUUUCACAUUUUGUUGAAAUAAACCUCCAUAUUUGUAGAAGAGUCA